AUGGGAAAGCGUGGAGGGAAGAAGUUUUCUGGUGGUCGCCGCGGCGGCGGCGGCGGCAGCGGACAGCGCCAGAACUGGGAGGACAUUCCCAAGCACAAUGAGAAGUUCGAGCGGUUCUACGAUGAGCAGGGCAUCAUUCCUGCGGAGGAGAGAGAGGUCUUCUGGGAGGCUUUGCGUAGAGACCUGCCUAACAGCUUUCGCUUUACAGGCUCACGGGGGCAUGCGCUUGCUGUUCAACAGAAGAUGAAGGACCACUACAUACCCGAGAUUACCUCCAUCAAGUAUGAAGGGGAGUUUGUUGAGCCGCCACGCCCGGUUGUUUGGUAUCCCGAUCAGCUCGCUUGGUCGAUGACAACGCCUAAGAAUGUCGUUCGCCGCUUUAAACCGUUCGCUUCGUUCCAGAAAUUCCUCGUUGCCGAAACAGACGUUGGGAACAUCAGUCGUCAGGAGGUUGUCAGUAUGAUUCCGCCGCUGCUGAUGGAUCUGAAACCCGGUAUGACCGUGUUGGACAUGUGCGCUGCUCCCGGCAGCAAAUCUGCGCAGCUCAUGGAAAUGAUUCACGCCGGCGAGGAGGAAGCUAUGCAACAGGUUGCCGACACGGUCAAGAGUGGUACUGCGGGCCCUGAGCCGCUCGGCCCGGAAGGGUUGAACGAUGAUGGCAGAACGACAGGCCUGCUGAUUGCCAACGACAGUGACUAUAAGCGGGCUCACAUGCUGAUUCACCAGAUGAAGCGCCUCAAUUCCCCCAACUUGAUCGUCACGAACCACGAUGCGACUAUGUACCCGUCCAUCAAGCUUCCUCCGCUGUCCACCGAGGAUAAGCCGCAGAAGAACCAAUAUCUGAAGUUUGAUCGGAUCCUGGCUGACGUUCCCUGCUCUGGCGAUGGGACUGCCAGAAAGAACUCUAAUGUCUGGAAGGAUUGGACUCCUGGUAAUGGACUGGGCUUGCAUGCGACCCAGGUUCGGAUUCUUGUCCGUGCUCUUCAAAUGCUCAAGGUUGGCGGAAGAGUCGUCUACUCCACAUGCAGUCUCAAUCCCAUUGAAAACGAGGCUGUUGUAUCCAGCGCGAUCACUCGCUGCGGGGGUACGGCUAAUGUGCGAAUCGUGGACUGUAGCAACGAAUUGAAAGGCCUGAAGAGAGCGCCAGGAUUACAAACUUGGAAGGUCAUGGACCGCGAAGGUCGUAUGUGGAACACCUGGGAGGAAGUGGAUGGACAGAGACAGCAAGAGGGCAUCAAUGGCCUGGGAAGACUUGCUGAAGGCAUGUUCCCACCGACUGAAGAGAACGCAGACAUGCCUCUUGACCGCUGUAUGCGUGUCUACCCGCACAUGCAGGACACUGGUGGCUUCUUCAUCACCGUCCUCGAGAAACUGUCGGAGAUUCGCGCGAAGCCCGAAGACUCCUCCAAGGUAAUCCCCAAAGCUUCGGUUGCAGCCCUUGCUGAGGAGCUUGACUUCCGAAAGAAGAACGGCAAUGAACCGCCUUUGAAGAAACUGGAGGCUUUGGAUGAUUUGGUGGCGCCGAAUCCAGAGGCUGAGAAAGAAGCUUCCAAGAACGCCUCCGUGGCCGAGACAUCUAAUCAGUUACCUUACUCCGCCAGCCUCGACUCUUCGGUUCAGGUGCCUGCUAAGCGGACCGCAGAUGAGCAAGACGCAGAACUCCCAGCCAAAAAGACCAAGCUGGAGAAUGGCACCGAGGCCGUGAUCGGAGACCGCCCCGUUCGCCAACCUGUUCCCUCAGUUGCAGUAGAAGCAGAGUCUGCCGAAGCUACUCCUACCCCUAUCUCUGCCGAUGCUGCCUCCUCAGCGCCGGCUCUCCCUGAACGCCCUCAGAAGCGGAAGGGUGGACAGCCCCACGAGGAACCGUACAAGUACCUGGACCCUGCUCAUGAGGAGCUCGAGCCAAUCUUCAAGUUCUAUCAAACCUCGGAUCGCUUCCCCCAGGAUCGCUUCAUGGUUCGCAAUGCGCAGGGCCAGCCAAGUAAAACGAUCUAUUACACCUCUGCCUUGGCGCGAGACAUCUUGACCCAAAACGAAGGCCAAGGUAUCAAAUUCGUGCACUGCGGUGUCAAGAUGUUCGUGAAGCAGGACGCUCAAGGACAGGAUAUUUGCCGGUGGCGCAUCCAGACGGACGGCCUGAGGUAUCUCGAACCCUGGCUAGGCCCCGAGCGUUCUAUCAAUCUGCACAACAAAGAAACCUUACACAAGCUUCUCAAGGAGAUGUUCCCCAAGGUCGAUAACGGUGGGUGGAAAGAGCUCGGAGAGAUUGGCCAGCGUGUGAAGGAUAUCCCUAUGGGCUGCAGCGUUUUGAGGAUUCACCCCAGUGAAUCCGCAGAGGGACUAAACGAGAGAAUGGUUCUUCCCCUAUGGCGGUCACUGCACUCGUUGAACCUCAUGCUCCCCAAAGAGGAACGAAAGGCCAUGUUGCUUCGUCUUUACAACGACGACAGCCCUGUCAUCAACAUGACUCAGAAACGUGCCGCCAUUAUCGAUGCUCCUACUCCAGAGACCCCUCUUGAAACCGAGAUGGAGACCGAGGCUCCGACCCCCACGAUUCCUGCUACGGUUACGGACCCCGAGGAAGCAGCUCUGCGCCACGAAAACGAGGUGCUGGGCCAAGCCGAGCAGGAGCAGGUGGACUCGCGGGAGACGUGGAGCAAGGCCAAUGAUGAAGAGGAUCGAUUCAACACGACUGUCUAG